AUGCGUUCUGCUGUCAUCUUUGCCGCCUUGGCGGUCGGUACUUGUGCCAGGGUUAUUGAGAAGGAAGUUUAUGUGACCGAGUGGACUACCACCACCGUCACCGAGACUGUGACCCAGUGGCCCACCAACACCCCCAGCGCCGCUGUUUCGGUCAAGCAGGACCACACCAAGCCCACCACUGCUGCUGCCCUUCCCACGGUCGAGGUUUCUAAGAAGAUCCCCGCUGAGGUCGAGUCCGCCCCUGCUGCGGUUUCUACUACCGCUGCCGCUCCCACUACCGCUGCCGCCGUGGUUGAGUCUGCUGAACCCAGUAGCGCGACCACAUUUUCCACCUCCUCAUCUUCGACCACUGAGGUCGAAAUCAAGGCCGUGACCACCUCUGUCGCCCCCGCGGUUACCUCCGUCGCUACCUCUUCGGCAACUUCGACCACCGCCGCUGCCACUGCUGCUGCCACUGCUGCUGCCACCGCUGGCAGCUCCUACCAGGAGACUAUCCUGUACUACCACAACAUUCACCGUAGCGAGCACUCUGCGAGCGGCUUGACCUGGUCUGAGGACCUCGCGGGAGCUGCCCAGACCCUCGCCGCGCGUUGCACGUACGCUCACGACACCUCCAUCACGUCCGCUAGUGGAGACUACGGUCAGAACAUCGCAUACGGUGUCGAGGCAGCCCUGGUCGGCGAGCAGGUCAUCGGCGAGAUGAUGUACACCGAUGAGGCGCCCUACUUCGCCAACCUCUACGGCGAGGCCAACCCUGAUAUGUCCAACUUCGAAAAAUGGGGCCACUUCACUCAGAUUGUCUGGAAGGCCACCACGGAAGUCGGUUGUGCCACUGUUAGCUGCUCUGACUUGGGCAAUGUUGGUGGCCCCGCCCCCUUCACUGUCUGUAACUAUGGCACCCCCGGUAACUACGCCGGCGAGUAUGCCGACAACGUCUUGAAGCCCAGCUCAUAA